AUGGACAGGGGAGUACUUUCGUCCUGGAGGUUUAUGGGAACAAACAAUGACGAAGAGUCUUUCACAUCUCAGCUUCUUGCAGAUCCUGAAAUCCCAACUCUGUUUGAACUGGACGAUGGAGACGAUGAGGAUAUCAACUUGUAUGAGGAACUUGAUACAAGCUUCCACGAUCAACCCCGUCCAAGGGCAGAAGAUAAUGAUGGUAUCCCAUUCAAAGUUAUUAUUCAUACAUCCGGAGUACACUAUCUACCCGUUCGGACUUGUACUUGCCGAUCUGCCAUGCUGCCUUUGGAUUUGCAAUAUCUGGAAAUGGGUCUUUUUGCUACUAGUUUUCAGAAUAUCCGAACCUUGUUUACACUGGAAGUGCUGGAGGAUUUUAGGGUUACCAACCUUGAAUGCAAAACCUCGGGCUAUCAAUAUUAUCAAAAGCUCAGACGCAUUACCUCACCUUCAUUUCCCAAACAGGUUCUGAACCGCUAUCGGGAACUGAGAAGGCUUAGUCGCCAAUACAGAAACCUUAUAUUGCACAAAAUACACGGUCAAGGACACUCUGAACAGGCUCUAAAGGCUUAUAUGGAGUUGAAAUACCCACAACAAGGCUCCGAAAUGCAUCCCGAUCAGGAACCUUUCGGCUCAAUAACACCUCCGGAACCAGGGCAAACACGGAACAAUUCUUCGUCCCGACAAUCGGAACCAAAUGAAGAUUCCGAACGGAAUGAUACAACAUCCCGGUUGGAAGUUGAUCCAGGUGAUUCUGACCCAAAUAAUAUGUCACCUGAACCUCCGUCCAGAAACGAGCCAGAUAAAAGAGGGUCCUUGACAUUGUUCUGUCCAGCGUGUCCACAGCCAGGUGUUAACCUACCUGAUGACUGGGUUCUCGAAGCCGAUAGCUAUGUGGCAGAUGGAAACUUCAAAGCCGAUCAUUUGAAUCAAAAAAACGAGGGAGACGACGUCUGGCUCAGUGUUGGAGAAGGUUUUAUGACCGAUCCUGGGCCAUACAAGGAGCAUAUAAAGGAAGCUAUUUCUCUGGCACCACGUUAUAAACGGGAACCAACUUGUCACAACUACCAUGCACAAAAAGCAGAGAAUAGAGUUAGCCCUGGAAAACGCGUUAGAGGAAUAGGCGCCCAUGCGUGUGCAAGACAUGGAUGCUUUUGUCCUAACAGUGUUGUUGAUUUCGACAAAGGAGAGAAGCAAAUGCACAUGGAUUGGUCCUUAACACAGGCAAGGGAAACAACAAAUACUAAAGGCAUCACUAGGCAUCUGGAAAUUUACGAUAUCAACUGCCAAUAUUGUGUCAAUCUCAUGAAGCGUCUGACUGACUCUACAAAGAUGCACUGGCCCCCCUCUGUCAAAAUAACCUUUGCUAUUGGUCUUUUCCAUGUCCAUGGGCAUAAAUCUGAAUGCUUGUACAAUUAUGCCUCAACCUACAUUCCGGGCGUUGGAAUUAUUGAUGGAGAAAUAUUGGAACCUCUCUGGUCCGUCCUCAAUGAUACUUCCCGAAGUACUCGUUCGGCAACCACUGCACACCGCGCUGAAGUUCUGGAUGACCACAUGGGUGAUUCAAAUUGGAAAAAAACAAUAAACAUGGCUGCCACCAUAGCGGCCAAGUACAAGCGGGCCGGUGAACAGUCCGGUAUAACGGAAGCAUUCUACCGAAAUCUUACGGAACAACAACCUCCCGAGCUAGUUGACACAUGGGAGCAAGAAAUCAAACAGGCCGAGUUUGAUCGGGAUCAAGGAGUAUCCGAUGCUAUGAGUCAAGUAAUGGCAAGCAAAGUGAAAACUGCUGCCGGAAGACAAGAAAUUGAAUUACAUCUCUCAAAUAUGGAGCUGACUUCCUCGGGAGCUACAGGCAAAGCUGCUUGGAUUUCAUCUGGCUUGAAAUUGGAACAAGCUCAAUUAGAGCUAAGAAGCCAUGUUCGCAAACUUGGAACUCAUCCAUCCACAGCUCAACAGCUUGAUUUGGUUAAUAAACGUCGGUCAAUGCGAACACGAGUUGAGGCUUUCAGCCGUACUGCAUUGACAUUCUUGGGGGAAGAGGCUUUGGAGAGUAUUCAAGGAGUUAAUACCCCAGUUCUUGACGACGAAGUCAGCGAUGAUGAGAUAGCCGACAUCGGGAAUGUCAACAUCACCCGGGCGGAUCCGGAACGGCAACCUCUCCCGUUCCCGUCAGCACUGCUUGAUGAUUAUUUCCGAGAUCUUGAAGAAGGCAUGGCUCACCAACUUAAAGGGCUGCAAAAACUCGAGUUACGCAUUCGCCAGGGCCAUGCUGAAGAUUGCCUUGAGGCAGUUAGAUCAGCCCUGAUUCAGCUCUCGUGGCAAUAUAAAUAUCAAGUCCGCAUGGCAGAUUCGGUAUACACAGGCACCCGCGCAUGGGAUGGAGUCAAACUGUUGAAUGCAUCUUGGAAAUUGCACAAAAAGAUAUACAAUGCAAACCGAAUAGCAAUGAUUCGGAUUGCCGGUCAUUCCGAAGAGGAUAUUAUGCAGAUACGGAGGGAGUUUCCUGUUUUAUAUGACCAUGAUUGCAAGCACAGUGCGGCAAUUUCGGAUCCGAAUGUUCGGGGCGGCAGUUCCGACCGGCUUAGUUGGAUUUGGAGAUCCCGCCAGGGACUCAAUGCUGAUAACCAAUUAUAUGUAAACGAAUUCUUUCGUCUUAACUGGCUCAGAGCUCGGGCACAAAGAAACAGAUGGAAAGAAGAACUAUCCCUGACAAACAAAGAAAUGGAAUGGACAGUGAGAUUUUAUGUCCACAUGGCCAAGACUUGGAAGGAACGGCAUGAAAUUGUUCCGGACCGCUUGGCAGGUCAUAGGGCUUUCUGUCAGAAGCAGAUAGCAAUGUGGAAUGACUUGGGGCGGGCCGCCGAUGUCAAAUUCCGGAAGAUAAACGGCAAUUAUCCCUCCACCACCAUGAGCCUUCCUCGUAUCUUCAAUCCCCCUACUGAAGAUGAACACUAUCUUCUCAGCUACGAUGAAAGACGUGCUUUAGCAAAGCUGCAUGUUCAUUUGUGUGGUGCUCGGAUCCGAACUGGAUACCGAUUGUUACUUAGUUCGGCAUCAAGCGUGCCGCCGGACACUUUGGCAAGAUGGCUCUCAUUGUUGGAAAGAGAGGCAUGCUGGUCAGCAGAGGAAGAUAACGAUAUUUUAAAAUCAACAAAACCAUGGGGCUACUGGUGGGAACCUGGACAUAAAGCCGACGAAGAUUGGAAAGUCUCUGAUGUCACAAUUGAGUCUCAGGUCAGAGAGUUUUGGAAUAAGAUUGUUCUCCCGCGAUAUGCAGAAGAGCUCAAGUUGAGCAAGAAAGGUGGUCCAUCUGAGUCUGCGGCACAAACCCAUUCCGCCGCUCCGGCGGCAGCACAGCACUCCGAAAGGCCCACGCCGGGAGCCAAUUACCCCGAUCAACCUUUGGCGGAUGCCCCUCACCCCAUUUCGUCAAUUUCCUCAGCUUUAAACCGUCAAAAAAGCUCCGGAAGUUCCAAAAAAACAGCUCCACAAGGUUCAGCAUCAAAGGCAAGGGAUAGCUUUCCUUCAGGACCUCAGGCCUCCAAACAACCUUCUGGAAGCCGCUCCGCUGCCCCGCCGGUUGCCAAUACUCGGGAUCAUAUGUCUCCCAUUGCCAUCUCGGACCAUAGGCCUCCCUACUGCCCCAAAUGCGGGCAGCCAAUUUUUACACGUGUUAUGAGAUCUUUGGCCAAUCUUCGUCUUAACCUUGCAGAUAUGAGGAAAACUGCUGAUGAAGCCGUAGCCCACUUUUCUGACCUGGUGGGCCGAUAUUCAAUCAUAGAAAACAUAGCUUACGAGUAUGGGAGGCCUCCUUUUGAGAAUAACUUUUCACUCCCCGACGAAUACAAGCUUCAGCAUCCAGAACACCCAAAAUCUGAUGGCUGGAACGCUCGUCUAUCCGAAAUGCAAUACAAUGCUCUUUCUCAAAUGAAUGAUGCCUCAUUCUGUAUUAAUGGCAUCUUUUAUUCAUUUGUCGCCUUGAAAGAGCUUCCUUUCCACCCCCCUUGGCUGUAUUCUACACCAAUAUCGAGGGUUGUCAACGUUCAAACGGCUCCGGAGACUGCCGCCGAAUCAUCGGAUCCAAACGUCAUCCCGGUCAAACCUUUUGCCGUUUCGGCUUCCAGUUCUUCCACAAACGAGGUAUUUGUUCUGGAUCCACGCGCAUCCUUGAACAAUUAUAGAGAAAAUAAUGACGACUGUGCGUCUUCCUCUUCUUCUGGCACAUCUGUUCCUGCAGAUUAUUUAGAACAAUUGGCAGAACAAAUUGAAGAUGAAGAAGAUUUUGAAGAGUUCUCGGACGUCAUGGAAGAUUCAGAAGUUUCUGAUGAUGAAACACAAUCUCAUAAUGACUGGAGCUAUGAAGAUGAAGAUCAAGAUGAUGAUCAAGACAGUAGUUACAAUUUAGAUAACAAUUUCAAUACUUCGCAAUGA